AAAAGAGCUCAACUUUCAGCUGAAUUUCGCCUUCCUGUUAGUUCUCUUUUCCUCUUUCUUUGCUGAUUAAUUUCCCUUUCGCCAUUUCGCUGUGAAUUACUCUGGAAUUUGGGCUGGGAAUCUAAUCAAAUCAAUACAGCAUGGGUUGUUUUACGGUUUUAAAGAGUAAGAAGAAGAAACCAGAGAAGAAAAUCUAUGUUAAACGUGUUAAUCCACAGGAGCAUUCCCCGACUGCAUUGCCUGAACCCCAGUCCCAGACACGUUCUUUACAGUCUGCGCCACCAAGUUUUAAAACCAGAGUAAAACCUGUUCAGUCUCUUACUAGAGUAAGCAGUAGCAGGGCACGUGCAUUAUCAGCACCGUCAAGUCUUGAUAUAGAAGAACAAGAUGCACUUGCAUCUGCAGAAUAUGAGGAACAGGGAGAGUCUAGGAGUCACUUUGGGUCAACAAAAGAAUAUAAUUCACCAAGUCCUCAACCUCUUCCUCUACCGUCACCCCGUGGCACAAAUACUUUUAAGGCUACGACAAGUUUUAAGAUGGUAAAUUCUAGUGGCCCGCUUGAUAUGUCGGGGCCGCUUCCACUUCCCCCUAAUCCACAUCCAACUCUGGCCGUUAAAGGAAUACUUGUUAACUUUUCUUACGAAGAGCUUGCAUCAGCUUGUCAUAACUUCUCUCCUGAUAGAUGCAUGUCUGAAGGUCUCUCUUCUGUCAUCUACCGGGCUUCUUUUGCAGAGGAUGCAUCUGGAUCAAGAAAACUUGAAGCCACUGUAACCCGUCUUCACCCUUGCAAUCAGGGGUUGAAGGAGUUUGUGAAUGAUGUGAAUACUCUUGCUUCUUUGCAACAUCCAUACCUCUGUAAAUUGAUUGGUUUCCAUGCUCGUGAAGGCUCAGACCAACGGAUGUUAGUCUAUGAGAGGCUAUUCCAUGGGAGUUUGGAUAGGCUUUUAUAUGGAAGAUCAGAUGGUCCACCCAUUGACUGGAAUAGUAGAAUGAAAGUUUCUUUAUGUGCUGCUCAUGGUCUAACCUUUCUACAUGAGGAAGGACCCUUUCAGGCGAUGUUCCAUGAAUUUUCAACUGCAAAUAUACAAAUCGACAAGGAUUUUAGAGCAAAACUUUCUGGAUAUGGUUGCAUAAGCCACAUUCCAGAAGGGGAUAUCUCCAGUGACUCAGUUGCUGUGGCAAAUCUUUCACUGGAGACACUGGAGAAGGGUUUACUUACCCCAAAGAGUAAUGUCUGGAGUUUCGGCAUUGUGCUGCUUGAAUUGCUUACGGGCAGGAAAAAUCUUGACAGCCGGCAUCCAAAAGAAGAGAGAAAUCUAGUGAAGUGGAGUCGGCCGUUCCUGGCUGAUGAUUGCAGAUUGUCCCUAAUUAUGGAUCCUCAGCUAAAGGGCCGCUUCCCUGUGAAAGCAGCUCGGACAGUAGCAGAUAUUGCCCAACGAUGUCUCCUAGUAGAUCCGUCAGAGAGGCCGACAAUGAGAACUGUUGUGGAGCAUCUCAAAGCUGUACAAGACAUGAAGUAUACCUCUCGGUUUCCUCUGCAAGAACCAGGAUCGGUUAGUCAGAAGAAUAUGUCAAGAUCACCUAGUCUGAAUGGGAUCGUCACUCCUCCUAAUAGAUCAAAUUGUUCUCCUACGCCUCCAACUAUACCACUCGUGACCCCUCAAAGUCUGCACGCGCUGCCCUUAGCUCUACCUCAUAGAUCAAGUUCAUCUUCGUAUACAUUGGAAGAAAUUGAUCGACAGGAAAGCCGGAGAUCAUCGUCCUCAACUGUUCGUAUAUCUAGUGUCGAAGGAUUUUGAUAGUUAGCGAGAUUUAUUUUUUUAAUUUAUUCUCUUUUUUUCCUUUUUCUAUUAUGAAAUGUGAGUAAGUACAUUGUAUUAUAAAGAAGAUUAGGAUAGCUUCACAUAGUUGGCCAGAAAUUUAUCUGGGGCACAGUUUUUUUGUAUAUAAUGUAUUGUUGAUGAUUAUAUACUCUCUCUCUCUCUCUCUC